AUGGACGUUCGAAAGAAGAAGAAGAAGGUGCUCCUGAUGGGGAAGAGUGGCUCUGGGAAGUCUUCUAUGCGGUCUAUCAUAUUCAGCAAUUAUGUCGCAAAGGAUGUACGACGCCUGGGGGCCACCAUUGAUGUGGAACACAGCCAUGUCAAGUUCAUGGGAAAUCUCACCCUUAACUUAUGGGAUUGCGGAGGUCAGGACGCCUUCAUGGAGACGUAUCUGGCCUCCCAACGUGCAAAUAUCUUCUCGGAUGUCGCGGUUCUUAUCUACGUCUUCGAUAUCGAAUCGCGCGAGGUUGAACGCGACCUCGACACCUAUAAUUCCAUAUUAGAGGCUCUUCAUGAAUAUAGUCCGAAUGCGCACGUAUUCUGUCUGAUACACAAGCUCGACCUGAUUCAGUCUGAGCAUCGCCAGCGAAUAUAUGAAGAGCGGUCCGCUCUUAUCCGAAGCCGCUCGAGACAUUUCGAGAUUGAUACAUUUGGUAGUAGCAUCUGGGAUCAGUCACUCUACAAGGCCUGGGCAGGCAUCGUCCACAAGCUUAUUCCAAACCUUUCCGUCAUCGAGCGUUUCCUCAGCGCUUUUGCGAAGAAGAUCGAUGCGGAGGAGGUCAUCCUCUUUGAGCGAUCGACUUUCCUAACCGUCACGUCUUUCGCGUCGGAGACUGGAAGCAUGAACCCAAUCUACGAUCGACACGAACGGCUAUCGAAUAUUAUGAAGGCAUUCAAACACUGCGCUGCUCGAAACACCCAUACCACCCCGGCUUCAGCUGGGUUCCUUGUUAUGCACACAAAGACCCCGCAAUUUAAUGUCUUCCUGGGCCGGUUCACCGAUAAUACGUAUAUCUUCGUCGUUGUGCCCCCUGGCGAAGCGGCUUACAAUUGCGCAGUCUUGAACACCAUGUUGGCAAGAGAGGGAUUUGCGAAAGCGGCCAAUGGAGGGCAUGGCGAUGGUUUUCCAUUACCCGCGACAGACAAUGCUGUCUCAGGCGAUACACAGAACGGCUCAGCAAAUCCACAAUCUGACACAUCACCAGAGGAGGAAUAG